UGAAGAAAAAAUUGCCCGGCAAUGGUUUACAAUGUUGAGCGGGUCGCGGGUCGCGGGUUUGGAACUGCAAUGGAACUUCAAGGUUCCCCUUGUACGGAUGUCACGAGAAAGAGGCAAGCCAAUGGCAAAGGAUCUAUGGGACGAGGCCAUUGAUCGGGAAAACAGCUAUUCGUAUUGAAUUGGCGUUGGGCGACAUACAGAGAUGGCCACUGCAACAUGGAUUACGUCACAGCUUGUUUGCAUGUAGCUGUCAUUUUACCCCUGGCUAUCCGUGCAGCUAAGAAAAUUACCCUACCACCCUCGAUGGAAGUAAGUUGGGGCAGUUUUUACUUGCUCACGAUAGCUUCAAUUUCCAGGUCUCGGCUGGAAAUUCUGCCGGUUGCGGUCUUUGUUGCUCAAACCCGAGGUGGAGCCAAGCGGCUGGGCCAAACUCACCGCGAUGCAACGGCAAGACACGGAGCACAAAACAACAAACAUGCGGGCUAUCGAUACGAUGCACGAUGCACGAUGCACGAUUCAAUCGAGGUAAGACGAAGUUAGAUUAUACGAAUCUAGCUUAUAUUUUCCGGAUUUGACUUACUGUAUUAUAUACUAGUGUUCUUCACAUCUAUUAUUAUUUUUUGGAG